UAGGAAGCUUUUGCACUCGGGAGGCAGCGACGACUUUGGGGAAAGUUGAUCGGAGAGGGGAGGAAGCCCCAAGACGCGGAGCAGCGGCAGGAAGGAGCCCCCGGCAGCCCGGAGGAGCAUGGGCACCCUGCGGGAUUUACAGUACGCGCUCCAGGAGAAGAUCGAGGAGCUGAGGCAGCGGGAUGCUCUCAUCGACGAGCUGGAGCUGGAGUUGGAUCAGAAGGACGAACUGAUCCAGAAGCUGCAGAACGAACUGGACAAGUACCGCUCGGUGAUCCGACCGGCCACCCAGCAGGCGCAGAAGCAGAGCGCGAGCACCUUGCAGGGCGAGCCGCGCACCAAGCGGCAGGCGAUCUCCGCCGAGCCCACCGCUUUCGACAUCCAGGAUCUCAGCCAUGUGACCCUGCCCUUCUACCCCAAGAGCCCACAGUCCAAGGAUCUUAUAAAGGAAGCCAUCCUUGACAAUGACUUUAUGAAGAACUUGGAGCUGUCACAGAUCCAGGAGAUUGUGGAUUGUAUGUACCCGGUGGAGUAUGGCAAAGACAGUUGCAUCAUCAAAGAAGGAGAUGUGGGGUCACUGGUGUAUGUCAUGGAAGAUGGUAAGGUUGAAGUUACAAAAGAAGGUGUGAAGUUGUGCACCAUGGGUCCAGGAAAAGUGUUUGGGGAGUUGGCUAUUCUUUACAACUGUACCCGGACAGCAACCGUCAAGACUCUUGUAAAUGUGAAACUCUGGGCCAUUGAUCGACAAUGUUUUCAGACAAUAAUGAUGAGGACAGGACUCAUCAAGCAUACCGAAUAUAUGGAAUUUUUAAAAAGCGUUCCAACAUUCCAGAGCCUUCCUGAAGAGAUCCUCAGCAAGCUUGCUGAUGUCCUUGAAGAGACCCACUACGAAAAUGGGGAAUAUAUUAUCAGGCAAGGUGCAAGAGGGGAUACCUUCUUUAUCAUCAGCAAAGGAAAGGUAAAUGUCACUCGUGAAGACUCACCAAGUGAAGACCCAGUCUUUCUUAGAACUUUAGGAAAAGGAGACUGGUUUGGAGAGAAAGCCUUGCAGGGGGAAGAUGUGAGAACAGCAAACGUAAUUGCCGCAGAAGCUGUAACCUGCCUUGUGAUUGACAGAGACUCUUUCAAGCAUUUGAUUGGAGGGCUGGAUGAUGUUUCUAACAAAGCAUAUGAAGAUGCAGAAGCUAAAGCAAAAUAUGAAGCCGAAGCUGCUUUCUUCGCCAACCUGAAGCUGUCUGAUUUCAACAUCAUUGACACCCUUGGAGUUGGAGGUUUCGGACGAGUAGAACUGGUCCAGUUGAAAAGUGAAGAAUCCAAAACGUUUGCAAUGAAGAUCCUCAAAAAACGCCACAUUGUGGAUACAAGACAGCAGGAGCACAUCCGCUCCGAGAAGCAGAUUAUGCAGGGGGCUCAUUCCGAUUUCAUAGUGAGACUAUACAGAACAUUUAAGGACAGCAAAUAUUUGUAUAUGUUGAUGGAAGCUUGCCUAGGUGGAGAGCUCUGGACCAUUCUCAGGGAUAGAGGUUCGUUUGAAGAUUCUACAACCAGAUUUUACACGGCAUGUGUGGUAGAAGCUUUUGCCUAUCUGCAUUCCAAAGGAAUCAUUUACAGGGACCUCAAGCCAGAAAAUCUCAUCCUAGAUCACCGAGGUUAUGCCAAACUGGUUGAUUUUGGCUUUGCAAAGAAAAUAGGAUUUGGAAAGAAGACAUGGACUUUUUGUGGGACUCCAGAGUAUGUAGCCCCAGAGAUCAUCCUGAACAAAGGCCAUGACAUUUCAGCCGACUACUGGUCACUGGGAAUCCUGAUGUAUGAACUCCUGACUGGCAGCCCACCUUUCUCAGGCCCAGAUCCUAUGAAAACCUAUAACAUCAUAUUGAGGGGGAUUGACAUGAUAGAAUUUCCAAAGAAGAUUGCCAAAAAUGCUGCUAAUUUAAUUAAAAAACUAUGCAGGGACAAUCCGUCAGAAAGAUUAGGGAAUUUGAAAAAUGGAGUAAAAGACAUUCAAAAGCACAAGUAA